CGAGAACUCACGAGGAGGACCAAGGACCAGGUGGAUGAGCUCGAGGCUGGUUAGAGUCACAGCGUCGGAGCUUUGGGCAGGCUGGCGGCGCCCCGGCCGCCGCGAGCAGCACUCGCCGGCCGGAGGGGGCCGGGAUGGGCACCCUGGAGGCGCUGCUGGGGCUGGAGCGGCAGCUGGCGGGGCUGGAGGAGAGGCACGCAGGGGAGGGACGCGGAACUGCGCGGCGCGCGAGAUUUUUGCAGCGAGCAGCAGGCCCGCGCAGAGGCCCUCGAGGAGGACCUGCGGGCCCAGCGCCGGGCCGCCGACGCGACGCCCCGGGCCGCUGAGGCGGACCCGCUGAUGGGCAGCCGCGCGAGCCAGCGGGGCGACGCGCUGCUCGGCAGCUGGCGCGUGUCGGAGAGUGGCCAGACGGUGGCCCUCGACCGCCUGUCCGCGUCCUCGCGGCCCAGCACCGCGCGCGGCGCCGCCUCUCACUCCUUGCAGCCGCCGCUGGGCGCGCGGCCCCCAGAGCGGCUGCCGGCGUCGAGGCCACGGGCGGCGGCUCCCUCGAGGUCGCUGGCGGCCCCGCGCGGCGGCGCGCCCUAUCGGCCUCGGUGGACUCGCGGGGGCUGUUUGCGGUCGCCUGCGUUGCCGGGGCCAGCCCGGGCACAGCGCGCAAACCGCGCGCGCCGCCGUCGCUAGCGCAGGCGGUGGCCCCGGCGCCUGCGCGCGGGCACCC